AACGUCCUAGAUAAGAUAAGUAAGAUAUCAUAUUUUUUGAGUCUAUAACCAUAUAAAAGAAUGGAUUCAUACAAAUUGGAAUUCAUUAAGAGUUCAGAUUUGAGCUCUGAAUUAGACGUUGAUGGGGAGCAAGAGGAUAAUAAACUUAAACGAUAUGAUUUAGCCACCAAGGCUAGUAAAUUUGCUGCCCAUUAUCCAGUACUGACUAAUUAUAAGAGUGCUUCUCAUCACUCAGAAUUUGUUGAUAAAAUUGAUAAAGAAGAAAGAGGCAAUAGGCGAAACUAUGACACUCUAGAUGCAUAUAGUAAACAUGUUAAAAUGGUGAAUGAUUAUAUCACAUAUUAUGGUGGUUCAAUUAAAGAAUUAACAAGAGAUCAAUCCAAAAAUAAAAAUUUGUCGGAUGUUAUAAGAGAAGAACAUAAGUUUAUUUGGAAUGAAACUGAUAAAGCAGACACAUGGGCUAAACGCGUCGCUAAAAAGUAUUACGAUCGUUUAUUUAGGGAGUAUUGCGUGGUAGAUUUGAGCCUAUACCAAACCAGCAAUAUUGGUAUGAGAUGGAGAACCUCGAAAGAAGUAUUGAGUGGUAAGGGACAAUUUAUAUGUGGGGAAAAGUCUUGUACUAAAACUGGGAAUGAUUUGGCUAGUUGGGAAGUCAAUUUCUCCUAUUCGGAGGUCAACGAGUCCACCUGUUUAUAUGAGAAGAAAAAUGCUCUCGUCAAAGCCAGACUAUGCCCCGAAUGUUCCGUCAAGUUGAAUUUUAAGCACUUGCAUGAUAAGAGUAUUAACAAGAACCUCAAGCGGAAAUCAACCGAGAAUGAUGAUAUAAAUCGCAAAAACAAAAUUAAAAAAACUAAGAAAAAGAAAAGUAAGGAUAAGGAAAUAAACAUAGAUGCGGAAAAAUUGAAAGAUACGCAUAAAAUUGAAAUGGAGUCUGAGAGCUAUUUCGAAACUCAAAAAACCGAACUUUUGGGUGAUGGUUCAACCUCCAAAGUGGCUCAGGUCAAAGUAGGUAAUGACGUUUGGACUGCUAAAUCUAUGGUUACAAAAGAUAACGUUGAAAAAUCGAGGGAAGAAGAAUUUGACGAAUAUUUUCAAGAUAUGUUUCUAUAAUUAUAGUAUAUUUAUAAUUGUAAAUAAAUUAUGUUUUAGAGUAUAUUAAAAAUAUAUUCUAUAAAUUGAUUAUUUUUAUCUUUGAUCAGAAAAACUAUCUGUUUUUACUCACUAUAAUUUUAUUUAAUUUGCAAUUU